CCCCUGGCCGAGCACAGGGAGCGGGCAGGAGGACGGAGGACCGAGGAAAAGGCAGAGGGAUGAAAGUGGGGCAGAUCCUGGGAGCAGUGAGAGAGGAAGAAUACAGGGAAAACCAUUUACUGCUGGCCCAUGGCGGACACCCAGUACAUCCUCCCCAAUGACAUCGGCGUGUCCAGCCUGGACUGCCGCGAAGCCUUCCGCCUGCUGUCGCCCACAGAGCGCCUCUAUGCCCACCACCUGUCACGGGCCGCCUGGUAUGGAGGCCUGGCCGUGCUGCUGCAGACCUCGCCUGAGGCCCCCUACAUCUAUGCCUUGCUCAGCCGCCUCUUCCGUGCCCAGGACCCCAACCAUCUGCGCCAGCAUGCCCUGUCUGAGGGCCUUACCGAGGAGGAAUAUCAGGCAUUCCUGGUCUAUGCUGCGGGCGUCUACUCCAACAUGGGCAACUACAAGUCCUUUGGCGACACCAAGUUUGUUCCCAACCUGCCCAAGGAGAAGCUGGAACGUGUGAUCCUGGGGAGUCAGGCGGCACAGCAGCACCCAGAGGAAGUCAGGGGCCUCUGGCAGACCUGCGGGGAGCUCAUGUUCUCUCUGGAAUCGAGGCUUCGACACCUCGGGUUGGGGAAGGAGGGAAUCACCACCUAUUUCUCUGGGAAUUGUACCAUGGAAGAUGCCAAACUAGCCCAAGACUUUCUGGACUCACAGAACCUCAGUGCCUACAAUACACGGCUCUUCAAGGAGGUGGGCCAGGAUGGGAAGCUGAGCUACGAGGUGCGGUUGGCUUCUGUGCUAGGCACAGAGCCUAUUCUGGACUCCGAAAUGACUUCCAAGCUGAAGAGCUACGAAUUCCAGGGAAGCCAUUUCAGGGUGACGCGGGGGGACUAUGCACCCAUCCUCCAGAAGGUGGUGGAGCACCUGGAGAAAGCCAAGGCCUAUGCAGCCAACAGCCACCAGGACCAGAUGCUGGCCCAGUACAUAGAAAGCUUCACCCAGGGCUCCAUCGAGGCCCACAAGAGGGGCUCGCGCUUCUGGAUCCAGGACAAAGGCCCCAUUGUGGAGAGUUACAUCGGGUUCAUCGAGAGCUACCGAGACCCCUUUGGUUCCCGCGGAGAGUUUGAAGGCUUCGUGGCCAUGGUGAACAAGGCCAUGAGUGCCAAGUUUGAGUGGCUGGUGGCGAGUGCAGAGCAGCUGCUGAAGGAGCUGCCCUGGCCCCCGGCCUUCGAGAAGGACAAGUUCCUCACUCCCGACUUCACCUCCCUGGAUGUUCUCACCUUCGCCGGCUCUGGCAUCCCUGCUGGCAUCAACAUUCCCAACUAUGAUGACCUGAGGCAGACGGAAGGCUUUAAGAAUGUAUCACUGGGGAACGUGCUGGCCGUGGCCUACGCCACGCAGCGGGAGAAGCUCACCUUCUUGGAGGAGGAGGACAAGGACCUGUACAUCCGCUGGAAAGGCCCCUCCUUUGACGUGCAGGUGGGGCUGCACGAGCUGCUGGGCCACGGCAGCGGCAAGCUCUUCGUGCAGGAUGAGAAAGGAGCAUUCAACUUUGACCAGGAGACCGUGAUCAACCCAGAGACAGGGGAGCAGAUUCAGAGCUGGUACCGGAGCGGGGAGACCUGGGACAGCAAGUUCAGCACCAUCGCUUCCAGCUACGAAGAGUGCCGGGCAGAGAGUGUGGGACUCUACCUCUGCCUCAACCCCCAAGUGCUGGAGAUCUUUGGCUUUGAGGGGGCCGAUGCGGAAGAUGUGGUCUACGUGAACUGGCUCAACAUGGUUCGGGCCGGGCUGCUUGCUCUGGAGUUCUACACCCCUGAGGCCUCCAGCUGGAGACAGGCCCACAUGCAGGCCCGGUUUGUGAUCCUGAGGGUCUUGCUGGAGGCUGGCGAGGGACUUGUUACCGUCACUCCCACCACAGGCUCCGAUGGGCGCCCGGAUGCCCGGGUCCGCCUUGACCGCAACAAGAUCCGGACCGUGGGCAAGCCUGCCCUGGAGAGGUUCCUGCGGAGACUCCAGGUGCUGAAGUCCACGGGGGAUGUGGCCGGAGGCCGGGCCCUGUAUGAGGGGUAUGCGGCGGUCACUGACGCGCCCCCCGAGUGCUUCCUCUCCCUCAGGGACACCGUGCUGCUCCGCAAGGAAGCCCGGAAGCUCAUUGUUCAGCCCAACACUCGCCUUGAAGGCUCAGAAGUACAGCUUCUUGAGUACGAGGCUUCGGCCGCCGGCCUCAUCCAAUCCUUCUCUGAGCGCUUCCCAGAGGAUGGGCCCGAGUUGGAGGAGAUCCUCACCCAGCUGGCCAGAGCCGAUGCCCGGUUCUGGAAGGGCCCCAGUGAGGCCCCGUCUGGCCAGGCUUGAGGCAGAGUUGUGCUGCCCCUCCCCCACUCCAUCAUACCAAGGCAGCAAGUGGCCCCCAUUUUGUGUGAGUCUUAGGGGCCAGGGGAGGGGCAGGAGCUCAGACCUUGGUGCUACCUCAGCCGAGGGUGGUGACACUAAGCCCUUCCAUUUGUCAGCACUUUCCAGCAUACCAAGUGCUUCCCCUGUUAUCUCAUUUGACCUGCACUGCCCUCUGUGGGGGUGGGCAAGGCAGGGCUCAUGCUAAGGCUACCCAGAUGAGGAAAUGCACGUUCUGAGAAAGUGACCUGUCAUCCUGCAGGACUCAAAACUUCUCCCAAUCCAGUGGUCCUCAUGUAUUCCUUUUAUAACCAGAAAAAUAAAUAUUAGAAGCCACCA